GCCUGUUUGCACCCAGCCAAGCUUCUUCAUUGCAACAGCUGCUCCAGUGCACCAGCCACAUCUCUAAGGUAACAUGGCUUUCACAGGCAGAUAUGAAGUGGAAAGUGAAGACAACUAUGAUGCCUUUGUGAAGUGUAUUGGUAUCCCCAGUGAUAUCAUUGAAAAGGGAAGGAAUUUCAAGAUUGUCACAGAAGUGGCACAGAAUGGAAAUGACUUUGUCUGGACCCAGAUCUACCCCACAGGCCACUCCAUGACCAACAAAUUCACCAUUGGCAAGGAAGCCGACAUGGAGACAAUGGGAGGUAAAAAGUUCAAGGCAACUGUUAAAAUGGAAGGUGGGAAAGUGGUUGCUGAUUUCCCUAACUACCAUCAUACUGCAGAGAUUGCUGGUGGAAAACUAGUAGAGAUCUCUACAGCUGGUGGUAUAACCUACAAAAGAGUCAGCAAAAAGCUAGCUUAAGAAGAACUCAUCUUCCAGUGCACUGAGAAAUGAAUAUCAAGACAAUCAAUAAAUCAGUUUUAGAAACUCC